AAGGCCGGUCAGUCCAACAAACAAGCGAUGACUCCACCUGCUGCUGGUCAGGCUCCCAGUCCUCAACCUACUGGAGUUCAGGACAGUGAUACCAGAGACGAUGCCGCCAUGAAUCGGGUUCUCAUGUGUCUGCAGACAAUGUCUCAACAGAACAAAGAAGUUUUGGUAGGACUUAGUCAGCUGAAGUUCGGAGAGUACUUGAGUGAACCUUGUUACUCAGCCGCAGAUGCCCAGUUACCUGUAGCCCUCAGUCUUCCGUCGUGUCUGCCCCGAAACUGGAAACAAGGAGACUUUGAUGUACUUCUUCUUCACCGACAUUUUGGUUUGGUCGUACUUGAGGUGAAGACAUUUGGUGACAACCUACAGGAACUGAAAAUGUCACAGCAAGAAAUAGAUAAUAAUAUAAAACGAAAGCUGAAAGAGGCCGUGUCACAGGUGGACAAGGCGGAGGCCAUGUUGUCUCACCUGGUGUCCGACAUCGCUCCCGGUCUGCGCAUCACUAAGACCAUCGCUUUCCCCAACCUCACGGCUCAUCAAGUACAGAAGGCUAUAGCUGGUGACACCCAAUUGACUGAAAGCCUGUGUCGGUGUCUGGGAAUAACAUCAGACCCGGCUGACAUCACAGGUGUGUGUCUGUGCUCUGAUCAGUUGUCUGACCCCAAGACACCGCGUGACGUCAGUAGUCACGUGCUGAGGGAACUCGGACACUGGUGGCAGCGACGUGUGGCUGUGGCUGGACCUGAAAGUCACAUGAAGAGCGACCUGUACAAAACUCUGGUCGCCAGGAUACUCAGCCAGCACCAGCGGCAGGACAGUUACUAGCCUAAUAAUUCUAAAUGGUAAGAAAUAAGAGCUUGCUGGUCUUGAUGAACACUUUGGCAAAGCAUCACCACAUGGCAUGGAGAUCAACUUAGAGACAAC